CUCACCCCGCCCCACAAAAAUAUCUUCUUUCUUCCCCUGCCUAGCUAGGCCGCCGGAGUUAGCCCGGCAGGUAACAACUAGAUGAUACGCAGAUGGCGAGGGUAAGCCUUCUGCUCAUCGGGUGAUUCGUCGGAUUGGGGCUGAGAGCUUCGGUUGGGUUGGGUUGAAUUUUCUGGGUUCUUGAUCGGGUUGGGGAUCCAAUCCAAUCCAUGGGGGAGGAGGCCGGCGGCUACGGUUUUGACUUCGGGGGAGGGGGCGGCGGCUAUGGAGGGUACGACGGGAGGGUCACGGAGUGGGAGACGGGCCUGCCGGGGUGCGACGAGCUGACCCCGCUCUCGCAGCCGCUGGUGCCGCCGGGGCUCGCCGCGGCGUUCCGCAUCCCGCCGGAGCCGGGGCGGACUCUUCUCGACGUGCACCGCGCGUCCUCCGCCACCGUGUCCCGCCUCCGCUCCACCUCCUCGUCCCCCUCCUCCGGCAACGGCCACGCCGGCACCCACGCCAACGGCGGCUCCUUCCCCUCCUUCCCCGGCAAGGGGGCGGCGGCGGGGGACGACAGCGGCAACCGGGACAGCAACUCUGCCGAGUCGGCCGGGGAGAAGGCGGCGGCGACGAAGCGGGCGCGGCUGGUGUGGACGCCGCAGCUGCACAAGCGGUUCGUGGAGGUGGUGGCGCACCUGGGGAUCAAGAGCGCGGUGCCCAAGACCAUCAUGCAGCUGAUGAACGUGGAAGGCCUCACCCGCGAGAACGUCGCCAGCCACCUCCAGAAGUACCGCCUCUACGUCAAGCGGAUGCAGGGCCUCUCCAACGAGGGGCCUUCCGCCUCCGACCACAUCUUCGCCUCCACGCCCGUGCCGCCCAGCCUGCGCGAGCCCCAGGUGCCGCACGCCGCCGCCAUGGCCCCCGCCAUGUACCACCACCACCCGGCCCCCAUGGGCGGCGUCGCCGCCGGCCACGGCGGGUACUACCAGCAGCAGCACAGCGGCCACGCCGUCUACAACGGGUACGGCGGCCACGGCCACGGCGGCGGCGUCUCCUCCUACCCGCACUACCACCACGGCGACCAGUAAGGAUAACCAUCCAUCCCGGAUUCAGUCAUCAACAGAUGCUCUGCUCUCUCUGCUUGUGUGUGUGUUUGCUCCUGCUCAUCAGUCAGUCAACAGAUGUUGUAAUUGUAACCUGUAAUCAGUCGGUCAGUCAGUGCAUGAUCCAUCGUCAGUCUAGCGUAGGUGUGUGUCCAUCAGUCAAAGAGUUUACAGCUGCGGCUGGACAUAAUUGUUAUGAAGAAGAAGAAGAAGAUUAAUUAACAAGGGGAGCUGAAGUGAAGUUCCCGGGGUAAGAAGAAGAUUAGCAAUACGAAGAAGAGAGUUACAGAGUGUGUGCUCUGUUUGUGUAUGUAUGUAAUACUGCUGCUGUAACUUCGAAUCUUGAACUGCUGCCCCCAUUUUGGGCAGUGGCAAGAUGAUCAUGAUAUGAAGCCCAACAAGGGAAUUAUGAUUGUGAUCU